AAGAACUCUGUUUUCCUCUUAUAAAGGAUAGCAGAAGAGUCGAACACUCAAUUUUUGUCAGAAUUGUAGGACUAAAUAUUUGGGUAAGCAAAUUCAGAUUCAUCAAUGGUGGAUCAUCGUCCAACAUUGAGUCCAGCCAGUUUCUGGACUCAGGCUAAUGCUCUUCUCAGAAAGAAUUUAACUUUCCAGAAAAGGAACAUGUGGACAAAUGUGCGGCUGAUUUCCUUCCCAUUCUUUUUCUGCGUGCUGUUUGUUGUGUUGCAAAGUGUGUUGGACAAUCAACUAGACACCGCCAAUCGUCGAUGUGGGUGUAUUUGUGUUGAAAGUGAUGGAAAUGGUGGAUGCCAGAGGAGAGAAUGUGGGAUACAGUACUCGACAACUGAUCAAGUAGCAGCUUGUCCAAUCCCGAAUCCUCCGAAAUGGCCAGCACUGUUACAAAUACCAGGUCCAAACUAUCGCGCCGUUAGAACUAAUUCAAUUAUGUCUGCAGACUUGCAAAAUGAGUCUUGCAGAAGCACGGGGUCUUGUCCCGCAACAUCAUUUUUCACUGGGAAUAAUCAAACGCUUGGACAACUUCUGACGCGGAGUAUGUUCUCAACUUCUUUCAAUAUCAAUUCCUCCGAUGUUUUAGGCAGUGUGUCCAGCAAUGUUCUGGGUACAGAAACAGAUCCUGAGCAUAACAAUUAUCUUGAACCCGCUUUUGCUUCAAAGCUUCCCAUCUAUAAUGUUCAAAGUCAAUGCACAACAAACUCAACAUUUUCUUUUUUCAUCAAUCAAUCAUCAAUAGCAGAUGAAUUCGAGAUUAGAUGCACUCAAGGUUUAUAUCUAUGGAGGAAUAGUUCUUCUCAGGUGAACAAUGAGCUGUAUAAAGGCUACAGAAAAGGGAAUGUGGAAGAGAAGAUAAAUGAGUUUGUUGCAGCAUAUGAUUUCUUGAACUCAGAUGGCAGUAAUUUUAAUGUGAGCGUCUGGUACAACUCUACCUAUAGGGAUUACAGAUCUGGAAUGUCUAUGUCAUUGUUGCGGAUUCCCCGAUAUGUAAAUCUGGUAUCGAAUGCCUACCUUCAAUUUUUGCGAGGGCCUAGUACAAGAAUGCUGCUAGAGUUUGUCAAAGAAAUGCCAAAACCUGAAACAAAACUCAGAAUUGAUUUGUCAUCUCUUCUAGGAACACUCUUCUUUACAUGGGUUAUUCUACAACUAUUCCCUGUGGUGUUGACUUCACUGGUCUAUGAAAAACAGCAAAAACUUCGAGUCAUGAUGAAAAUGCAUGGUCUUGGAGAUGGACCUUAUUGGAUGAUAUCUUAUGCUUAUUUUCUUGUCAUCUCUUUGCUGUACAUGUUAUGUUUUGUGAUAUUUGGCUCAGGCAUUGGGUUGAAGUUUUUCACACUAAAUGAUUAUAGCAUCCAGUUUGUGUUUUACUUCCUCUACAUAAACCUGCAAAUUUCCCUGGCCUUCCUUGUCGCUGCAUUGUUUUCAAAUGUUAAGACUGCUUCAGUUGUUGGAUACAUAUUUGUCUUUGGAGCGGGACUUUUAGGUGGCUUUCUCUUCCAGCCCUUCGUUGAAGAUGAAUCAUUUCCGAGAGGUUGGCUUAUCGUAUUGGAGUUAUUUCCUGGAUUCUCUUUGUAUCGUGGAUUAUAUGAGUUUGGACAAUAUUCUUUCCAAGGAAAUGCUAUGGGCACAGAUGGGAUGCGGUGGGGGGAUGUGAGUGAUAGCAGAAAUGGGUUGAGUGAGGUCAUGAUUAUCAUAUCGGUUGAGUGGAUUUUGGUUCUAUUUGUUGCUUUUUAUGUAGACCAGGUUUCAUCUUCGGGUGCUGGGAAGAGCCCUCUGUUUUUCUUGCAUAAAUUACGGAGACAGCCUGCACUAUCUUCAAAGAGUCCCAGUCUACAAAGACAUGGAUCAAAAGUUUUUGUUCAGAUAGACAAAGACGAUGUUAAUCAGGAGCGAGAGACGGUUGAGCAGUUGCUACUUGAAUCAACUACAAGUUAUCCGGUCGUUUGUGACAACCUCAAAAAGAAAUAUCCUGCAAGGGAUGGAAAUCCUGAGAAAAUUGCAGUGAGAGGAUUUUCUCUUGCUUUGCCUAGAGGAGAGUGUUUUGGCCUGCUGGGACCCAAUGGUGCUGGCAAGACAUCUUUAAUUAAUAUGAUGAUUGGGCUCACAAAACCAACAUCAGGGACGGCAUACGUUCAGGGUUUGGAUAUAUUGACUUCCAUGGAUACAAUCUAUACAAGCAUGGGUGUCUGCCCUCAGCACGACCUGCUCUGGGAAUCUCUAACUGGAAGGGAGCACUUGCUAUUUUAUGGCAGACUGAAGAACCUCAAAGGUUCUGCAUUAAAUCAAGCGGUGGAAGACUCUCUUAAGAGUGUCAACCUAUUUCAUGGAGGGAUUGCCGAUAAACAAGCCGGAAAAUACAGUGGAGGUAUGAAGAGGAGACUCAGCGUUGCCAUUUCACUGAUUGGGGAUCCUAAGGUUGUCUAUAUGGAUGAACCCAGUACUGGUCUCGAUCCAGCUUCAAGAAAUAGUUUGUGGAGUGUUGUGAAGCAGGCAAAACGAGACAGGGCAAUUAUUCUCACAACGCACUCGAUGGAAGAAGCCGAGUUUCUAUGCGAUCGAUUAGGGAUUUUUGUAGACGGAAGCUUGCAGUGCAUAGGGAAUGCAAAAGAGCUGAAGGGUAGAUACGGAGGAUCUUACAUAUUUACUAUAACAACGUCAUUGAAUCACGAGGAAGAAGUAGAGAACAUGGUACACCAUCUCUCGCCAAAAGCUAACAAGAUAUACCAAAUAUCGGGGACACAGAAGUUCGAGAUGCCAAAGCAAGAGGUGAGAAUCGCAGAUGUAUUCCAAGCAGUCGAGAAUGCAAAGAGCAGGUUUACAGUGUUUGCAUGGGGUUUGGCGGACACCACUCUCGAGGAUGUCUUCAUCAAGGUUGCUCGCGGGGCGCAGGUCGUCAACAUAUUAUCAUGAUUCCCAGAUUUAGCUUCCUCUUAUAUCUGCAAUGUUCAUAUAUGAUAUAAAGCAUUUCAUUACAUUUCAGGAUGGCAAGGAGUUCAUUCAUAUACCGCUUUAGUUUUAGCAACUAAUCUUGUUUUUGCUGCUCCCGCCUUUAUAUAUUAGUGUUACAUUUUUUUUGGGGUACUUUG